CUCAUUGUCACUGUCGCUUUGACGCUGGGCUUAAUGGACCAGAUUUUACUCAAACAGCGAGAAACACUGCUUCACUAUGCCUGUAGACGGUACAGAGGACCAGGUGCCCUCCUCUCUUUCUAGCCCGGCUAGUGCUGCCCUCACCCCGGGAGGAACGGAGGAGGAUGGAGCUACAGGCGGCUCAGCAGUCUGUACUUUCCCUGAAAACAGUCAGGCCCCGGAGGCUGCUGCAGCCUAUCCUGCCAACACUGGACCUGGGGAGGGCAACAGCGCUGGGAAAAGGUCUGGAGCAUUGCUGCAGAUUGACCGACAGCGCAUCCAAGCAGCUUCUGCCAGUUCGGGAGCUGAUGAGCUCCAAGGUCUUGGUGUGGCUGUGUAUGACCAGCACAUACUUGAACAAGGUGUUUUGCAGCAAGUGGACGAGGCGAUCCAGGAGGCCAGUCAGGCUGCUGUUAAAGCUGAAGCCGAGAAGGAGUAUCAGUCUGUGUUGGAUGAUGUCAGGUCUGUUACAGCAUCUUUAAAACAUAUCAACAAGAUUAUUGAGCAGCUUUCUCCUUACGCAGCCUCCAGUAAAGACAUCAGUAGGAAGAUUGAGUCUGUCAAAAGACAGAAAGAAAAUAAGGAGAAACAGCUGAAGAAAGUCAGAGCCAAACAGAAGCGACUUCAAGCCAUUCUGGGAGGAGAGGACACUCAAAGGGUGGAAUUUGAGUUUUUGGCAGAAGAUGAUGGAGAGGAAGAAGCGGGACCAUCCACGUUGGGCAGUAUGCUUAUGCCAUCUCAGGAGACCGAAUGGGAAGAGCUUAUCCGAAAAGGUCACAUGACUCCUUUUGGAACCCGAAUCCAACAGAAGGAGGUAAAGAAGGAGCCACGAAAACUGAUGCUUGCGGAGAACUCUGCUUUUGACCAGUACCUGGCAGACCAGGCCAAGUUGGCUACUGAGAGGAAGAGAGUCCCUCUCCUUAAGAAGAAGAAAAGCUCUGGGGUUGGAACCGGUGGAGAUUCAAGAGAGAAAACCAAAAGAACUGUUUCAUCUUCCAAGGAUAAAAAACUGCGUAAGCGUAUGCGAAAGCUCCAGGUAACUGCUUUAAAGGCCCAUCCUAAGGCCCGGCCCAAGGCUGAGCCACAGCUCCAAAAGCAACGGAGAAAACGUCACACUGAAGGAGAGGAGACAGACAGUGAGGGGUCAGAGUACCUCCCCAGUGAUGAAGGAAUAGAUCCUGACCAAGAGGAGAGAGAAGCCAUGGAGGAGGGCUUUGGAGAUGAUGAUGAAGAGUAUGAGUUGAAACCAUACAAGAGAAAAACCGAAGGGAAAGGGAGGAAAAAAGUAAAGAAAAGUGACAGUGAGGAAGAAUACCACCCUGAAAGUACAGAUGAAGAGGAUGAUGACAAGGGAAAACCGAAAAAAUACAAAGAUGAUGGAGAUCUGGAGUAUUAUAGGCAGCGAAUAAGGAGAUGGAAGCGUCAGCGUCUUCGAGAAAGGGAGGAGAAGAGAGAAAGGGGUGAGGAGCUAACCGAUGACAGCGAUGCAGAAUUUGACGAAGGCUUCAAAGUUCCUGGUUUCCUCUGGAAAAAGCUUUACAAGUACCAGCAGACGGGUGUGCGGUGGAUGUGGGAACUCCACUGUCAGCAGGCAGGGGGCAUCUUGGGGGAUGAGAUGGGAUUGGGUAAAACCAUCCAGGUCAUCAGCUUUCUGGCUGGACUGAGCUACAGCAAACUGAGAACCAGAGGGUCCAACUACAGGUAUGCUGGUCUGGGUCCAACAGUCAUUGUGUGCCCAGCUACAGUCAUGCACCAGUGGGUGAAGGAGUUUCAUACCUGGUGGCCUCUUUUCCGAGUGGCAGUCCUACAUGAAACUGGGUCCUUCACUAGCAACAAGGAAAAGCUCAUUCCAGAAAUAGCAGCAUGUCAUGGUAUCCUUAUCACUUCAUAUUCAGCUGUGAGGAACAUGCAGGAAACCCUACAGCUCUACGACUGGCACUACAUUAUAUUGGACGAGGGUCAUAAGAUCAGGAAUCCAAAUGCUGGAGUUACUGUUGCUUGCAAACAGUUUCGCACUCCUCACAGAUUCAUCCUGUCAGGCUCACCAAUGCAGAACAAUUUGAAGGAGCUGUGGUCUCUGUUUGAUUUUGUGUUCCCCGGCAAACUGGGGACAUUGCCUGUUUUUAUGGAGCAGUUCUCCGUGCCAAUUACUAUGGGUGGAUAUAGUAAUGCAUCUCCUGUACAGGUCCAGACAGCAUUUAAAUGCGCAUGUGUGCUGAGGGACACCAUAAAUCCUUACCUGCUCAGAAGAAUGAAGGCAGACGUCAAGGCUAACCUCUCCUUACCUGACAAAAAUGAACAGGUUCUGUUUUGCAGAUUGACAGCAGAGCAGCGUCAAGUGUAUCAGAGCUUCUUAGAUUCCAAAGAGGUCUACCAAAUACUAAAUGGGGACAUGCAGGUGUUCUCAGGUUUGAUAGCUCUGCGUAAGAUCUGUAACCACCCGGACCUUUUCUCAGGCGGACCCCGGAUACUGAGAGGAAUCCCUGAGGACCAGCUAACUGAAGAGGAACACUUUGGCUUUUGGAAGCGCUCGGGCAAGCUGAUUGUUGUGGAGUCGCUGCUACGUCUCUGGUUCAGACAGGACCACAGAGUCCUGCUCUUCACUCAGUCCAGACAGAUGCUGGACAUCUUGGAGGUGUUUGUAAGGGAGAAUAACUACUCGUACCUGAAAAUGGACGGCACGACUACAAUAUCUUCCCGACAGCCUCUCAUCGCUCGCUACAAUGAGGACAAAUCCAUUUUUAUCUUCUUGUUGACCACUAAAGUCGGAGGUCUGGGAGUCAAUCUGACUGGAGCCAAUAGAGUCAUCAUUUAUGACCCAGACUGGAACCCCAGUACUGACACGCAGGCUCGCGAACGGGCUUGGAGGAUCGGUCAAAAGCAGCAAGUAACAAUCUAUAGACUGCUGACUGCUGGGACCAUUGAAGAGAAAAUCUACCACAGGCAAAUCUUCAAACAGUUCCUAACCAAUCGAGUACUGAAGGAUCCCAAACAGCGACGGUUCUUCAAGUCAAAUGACAUCUAUGAGCUGUUUACUCUAGCUGAUCCAGAUGGAGGUCAGGGAACAGAGACAAGUGCUAUUUUUGCAGGCACAGGUUCUGACAUCAAAGUGCCCAAAAAACCCGAAAAGCCAAAGCCAUCACACAAAGUAAAUCACAGCAGCCAUGCACAUAAACACUCCUCAGCAACCUUCAUUAAUACAGGUACAGACAGCACGCACACUCCUACAUUAAGGGCCGGAAGUACGUCUCCAUGCAGUAAAAACUCUCAGGGUAAACAAAAUGUCCCGAUAGACAGUCCAAGCACCAACCAGGAUGCUGUAGAUAUAGCGCCUGCGGGACAAAAUAAAAACAGCGACUGUGAUGCAGCCAAACCAGACACAAAUACCUCAAACUCAGCCAGUUUUCACCAGCACAGAGACAAAAACUCUGCCCGGACCAGCCCACAGAAACACAGGGAGAAGAGGAAACACUGUGACUCGGACGACUUGAACAAACGCAAACAUAAGAAACACAAGCGCUCCCGGGAUGCUCGAUUCGAAGGCCACCGCAUCUCUCAUUUGGUAAAGAAAAGAACAUUUAAGAAAUCCGAGAGCGAAGACAAUGCAGCAGAGGACCAGAAGAAAUCAGACGAUUAUGUCUUGGCAAAGCUGUUCAAGAAAUCUGGUAUUCACAGUGUGAUGCAGCAUGACACCAUCAUAGAGUCUUCCAAUCCUGACUAUGUUCUUGUGGAAGCAGAAGCCAAUAAGGUGGCUCAAGAUGCCCUUAAAGCUCUUAAAAUUUCCCGGCAGCAGUGCAGACUGCGCUUCAAAACUCCUCCUGCCCCUGCAAAGAAACGCUUUGGACAAAAGAAGAAUUCUCUCUUAGCUACACCUUCUGUUCAGUCUGUUCCCACUUCAACCAAAUGCAAGGAUGCUGCUAUUAUAAAGAAGUCUGUGUCAAAGAAACCAGGUUCGGGAGCUCAUUUUAGCGGGGAGGGUGCAGAAAGUGACUUGAAUUCCACCCCGCUGUCAUCCUCCUCUCUGCUGGCCCGGAUGAAGGCCCGUAAUCACCUCAGCAUGCCCUCCAGGGGAGAAGAACCAGAAGAGGAGGAGGAGGAUGCCUCGGGAGCUGCAGGGAGUCUUCCUGCUGCUCCGCCCACUGAGCACGAUGAGCUGUUGGUGGAUCUGCGCAACUUUGUAGCCUUCCAGGCGAGUGUGGACGGACAAGCCACCACCCAGGAAGUGCUCGAGUAUUUCAAACCGAGACUGACCCAGGAACAGGCUCCUGUCUUCAGAGAACUACUCAGGAGUAUCUGUGACUUUCAUAGGACCUCUGGUCAGGAGGGCAUCUGGAGACUCAAAGAGAGCUUUCGCUGAGGGAAGAACAUUUAAACACCCCUUCAAGCUCAAGCUUACAGUUGUUGUCUUGCAACCUUCUUGUUGCUUGCGUUCAGGAAAGACAUUUUGCCGUACAGUCUUGGGUUACCUAAUGAAAUCAUAAUUAGUUAAGCAAGUCUUGAAGGUAGUUUCUGUGAUUGAGUUUGGCAGUUGUUCUGUUCUUUUUUUCAUUGUUGCUUGUACCUGGUAAUACUUGAAUUCAUUUAUUUUGAUUUGACUAAAACGGUGUAAUAUCAUAUUCAGAUAUGCGUUUACUCUCAAACUUUGUUCUUCAAAAACCUCAGCGAUGUCAGAUUAUACCAACUUUCUGUUAAGUUUAAGAAUAGGGUGCCAUUUUAUACCUCACUAAAGGUUUUUGUAGAUUUUAUAAUAAACUUUCUUGUACACUGUAGGGGUUUUUGGUCACUUCAAAACAAAUUAAUAUUGCCUCUCCGUUGUUUGCAGGCAUUUUAAAAACGGUGUUUUAUAUUAAAAAAAUAAAUGCAAUUCCAUAUCUUGCAUGUACUGUAUGCAAUAAAUCUGAUGGCUGCUUU